AUGUUCGCGCUCGCUGCAUACUCGCUUAUAUGUCUAGCGCUCGCUGCUAUGUCUGCUGCGCAGACACAGUCUUUCACACCUGCAGCUAUUCCAAUCGCAGCGCGCUCUCCUUAUCUUCUGACAUUCCUCAAAACGGCGCCCUCAGUGCAAUACUCCAGGACAUGGCAGACCGGGUACUCAACACAGAUCCAAGCUUGGGCGGGACUCAUCCGAGUAGACGGGAAGACGUACGCCUGGACAGGAGAUAUAGGAACCAUGCCCGCAGGAAUCUUAGACCCAGCCUCAACCGGGAACGUGCAGUCAUUGACUCCGACAACUACGGUGCUCUUUUAUCAGGCUGGGCCCGUGCAAUUGACGGUCACCUUUCUGAGUCCUAUCGAACCAGGCAACAUGGUCAACCAGUCGAUUCCCGCGUCGUAUGUGGCACUCGAUAUACAAACAACAGAUGGAUCUCCGCACUCAAUCCAAGUGUACACCGACAUUACCGCUGAGUGGGUGUCAGGAGACCGUAGUCAGAACGUAACCUGGUCCACCAACACUAAUAAUCCGUCCAUGAUAUAUCAUACCGUCUCUGCUCUGAACCAAGUGCCGUAUCAGGAAGUCAAGGCACAGGCGGCGUGGGGAAACGUAUACUACGCGUCGCUCCGGACAACCAACACGACGUACAGGACGGGUGGCGACUUGGCCACCCGCAGUCAGUUCGUGACGAAUGGCACCCUCGACAAUACGCAAGACACGGCGUUUCGCGGUAUUACAGACUCAUUCCCCGUAUUCGCUUUUGCCGAAGACCUCGGAACCAUCCAGAGAACGUCAGCGCCGCUCGCAUGGGCCGUCGCUAACGUCCGAGACGUCAACAGUACUGGAGCCCUGAAGUAUACCGAUCUUUCACAGCAAACGCAAACGCGCAGCCUCUACUAUCGAAGCCAGUACACUGACGACGGAUCGCUGCUCGAUAGCCUCCUCGCUGAUUUCCCGGCCGCGCUCAAUCGCUCUCAAGCCCUGGAUAAGAACAUCACGGAUGCGGCUAACGCGGUGGGAGGUUCGGACUACGCAGACAUACUGGCGUUGGCUACCCGUCAGGCCUAUUGCGGUAUCGAGAUCACGAUUGGGCGCGAUAACAGCGGUGCAGUGAAUGCGAGCGAUGUCAUGGCAUUCUACAAAGACACCGGAUAUCAAGACAAUGGUGACGGAAACGCUCAAGUUAGUCCAGUCGAUGGACUCAUCAGCGUCUUUCCUGCGUUUCUAUAUCUUGAUCCUGCGCUGUGUGCGGCGCUUCUCGAGCCGCUCUUCCGCUUUCAGGAGAGCCCCUCAUACGGCAAUCCCUAUGCGGCUGCCAAUCUUGGACUCAAAUAUCCUGCGGCGACCGCUAGUAACGACCCACAUUCGGAGGGCAUCGAGACGUCAUCUGGAAUGAUCAUCAUGGCGUACGCACAUGCGAGAGCCACAGGCGACUACGACCUCAUUAACCGCUAUUCAACACUGCUUCACAAGUGGGCCGAUUAUCUGACAUCGAAUACCCUUGGUACUUCGGUUCAGACAUCUGCAGAUGGCACCACAAACAGUGGUCAAGCCAAUCUCGCACUGAAGGGUAUCAUCGCCGUUCAAGCCAUGUCUAAGAUCAGUGCACUCCUAAAGAACUCGACUGGUCAGGCGGCGUACUCGUCUCAGGCGAAGUCCUUGUACUCGCAGUGGUCAGCCCAGGCCCUUACUACGGACGGUCACAUACGCUUUACCUAUGAAGGUACCGACUCCACCUUCACUCUCGGGUAUAACAUCUUCUGGGAUCUAUAUCUGGAGACUGGGCUACUCAACGCUACUGUCGUCAAUGACCAAACGAACUACGUGGGAAGUCAAAUCCAGAUAUUUGGCAUGCCCACGGAUAGCACGAACGCGUCAGUGGUGUCUGCAAAUUGGAACAUGCUGAUGGCGGCCGUAUCUUCCCGCGACAAUGGUACUCAGCAGGCUUUGAUCAGCGCCACUCAUAAGUUGGCGGCAUCUCAACCUGCAACCGGAUAUCUUGGGCAGUUCCCACUCAUGUACACGGCGCAAGAGGGCGCGGUAAUCCAAGGACGAUCAAGUCCUCGUCAGGGCGCCAUGUACGCGCCUUUGCUAGUGAAUGCGUCUUCCAUCUUGAGCUCCGAAUCCAACGCGAAUGGCACUGCGAGUGGGAACAAGAACGCUACGUCUGGCACUCCGGUUGGUGCGAUUGUCGGCGGGGUCGUCGGUGGAGUAGCCGUACUCACUCUACUGGUGGGACUCGUUUUCGUCUGGCGGCGAUUACGGUCGUCAAGUCGACGCAGAGCGUCGGUUCAGCCAGCCGAUUCCGGGAUGCGCGAGGCCAUACUCAACGAUGCCUCACCGGUGCAUCAUACGCCAGGAGUUACACCCUUCAUGGAGGUCGACUUGAGCAGGCCUCCCGCGUCAUCCAACACUGAAGGCUCGAGCACUUCGGAGUACCACACUACGCCGGAGGCGGACACGAAACGAGCUUACAGAUUGCGCCGGAUCCCGAACGAAGAACUCGCGCAACACACGGCGAUGGCGCAUAAUUCACCUGCAAGUACCGCCUACCCGGCGACUUCGCCUUCUGCAGUCUCGAAUCAGAGCGAUCCUGCCCUUGGUCAAGGGUUACUACAGGAGAUCAAUAGCCUCUGGCGGGAAAUAUCAGCCAUGCGUACGAUGGAUGAUGGCAUGUCGGCACCCCCGGAGUAUGAUGCUUGA